CUUGCCGUCGCCGACUCCGUAGGGCGGAAACGCGAGGAAGGGCUAUCGACGUCGUCGGCGAAGAUGUCGCUCAAGGUGAGACCGGCCGUACGCGAGGACUGCGCCUUCAUAAUGGGCCUGAUUCGCGAGUUGGCCGACUACGAGCGAAUGCUGGAUCAAGUCGAGGCGACCGCUGACGACCUCAAAGACCACCUCUUCUCCGACGACAAACUACGCUGGGCUUGCGCGAACGUGGCGACUACGACGGCGGGCGACGGCGAGUGUGACGGCGAGCGUGUGAUCGGUUUCGUUCUCUACUUCUUCCUCUUCGACCCUCUGACUCUGGAGCGCGUGGCGUACAUGGAAGACCUGUACGUGCAGCCCGCAUACAGAGGUCGCGGCGUCGGCCUGGCCCUGUGGCGCUCGGUUGCGCAACACGGUAUGGGGAGCUCGUGCGACGUGCUGAACUUCGAGGUGCUCGACUGGAACGUGCCGUCGCUGGAGUUCUACGCCAAGCGGGGUGCUACCAACAUCACGCGCUCGCGAGGUUACCAGCACUUCAGGUUCUCCGCACGGCCCUGCGGUUCUUUUCUUUGAGGGUUGGUUAUGAUAUAGUGCGCUUCGUGAAAGGAUUCAUUGCCGAACUUUUCUUCGUCGCUGUUUUAAAUUGUGCUCUUAAGAGCACAAUUGAGACUUCGAGCUUUAUGCACCAGUGGCUUGCUGUGAAUACUCGAGACAUUGGUCUAACGGCCUCGUAGAAUUCGAAGAUGCGCAAUUUCUUGAUGCCCAAUGCUCACAUGUGACCAGGUGUCAUUACACGUGUAUCGUAAUGCGAGAGGAAAACAAACAAAAGCAUAAACCUGACACAAUGCACGGUAAAGAAAUAUGCACUUGUCGCAGUAAACAUGGACAACCAAUCGCAGGUUUC